AUGCCUCCGAAGAGGAGCAAGGGCCAGAGGGUCCCCCCUGGGCCCCCCUCCCUCGGCCCCCUUGCCCUCCUCCUCCUUCCCGGGGCUGAGGUCUUCCCGCCCGGGCUGAGGCCUUCAAGGAGGACCCCGCAGCAUCCGCCAAAUCAGCUGCAAACACGGGUCUCUGGGGAUCGUGAGAAGGCAGCGGGACGCGGUGGUGCUCUUUGGCGAACCGAGGACAGCAGCAGUGGCCAGAAGGGACCCAGCACCAAGCACAUCAAGUUGAAAAAGAAUAGCAAAGUGGAUUUGCUGGACUCUGAAGUAUCUCAUCUGCUCAUUCUUUCAUCCGAAGGAAAACUUUCUGAACACAGUAUUAUAUCUGGAAGUGUUAAAUCAAAGCCAAGAUUACUGAGAGAAUUAGGAGACAAGCAAAUUGUUCAAAUUGCGUGUGGUGACCAUCAUUCCAUGGCACUUUCAAAAGGAGGAGAACUUUUUGCUUGGGGUCAAAAUGAAUAUGGCCAACUUGGAAUGGGAAGGAAAAGCAGCGCUACUGGAGAACCACAACUGGUGUGGCUUCUUGAAAAUGUUCCUGUGGCCCAGAUUGCAGCUGGAUCAGCUCACAGCAUGGCUCUUUCUUUGGCUGGCACUGUCUUUUCUUGGGGAAAGAAUGUCUUCGGCCAGCUGGGGCUUGGAGACACACAAGACAGAUAUUCCCCUAUGCAUGUCAAGGCCUUGGAGCAUAAGAAGACAGUGUUCAUUUCAUGUGGUGGAGAGCACACUGCUGUUCUUUCAAAGGAUGGGCUGGUCUGCACCUUUGGAGCCGGUAGCCAUGGACAGCUUGGCCACAACUCCACACGCAAUGAGCUAUUUCCACGUUUGGUAGCAGAGCUGUUUGGGGCUCGAGUAUCUCAGAUAGCUUGUGGAAGAUGGCACACUCUUGUCUACGUCUCAAACCUGGGAGAAAUCUAUUCUUUUGGAUCUGGAGCUGAAGGACAGCUUGGAAAGGGGGAGAAAUGUGACCGACUAAUACCUCUUCCUCUUGAUUUGACUAUGAACGGCCAAAAAAUCAUCCAAGAUAAGAAUAUCUCAGAGGAAGUGGUUAAAGUCAUUGCUGGAGAGAACCAAAGCAUUGUUCUUCUAUUAAAAGAAAAGCAAAAAUAUGCAAAUUUACACAAAAUGCUUGCCAUAGUAGAAGAGGAAAAGGUUGCAAAGUGGAUUUCUAAUUCAAAUUCUGAUUGUUGGCACAACAUACAAAAGGAAAUUAAGUUGAUCUUCUCUUCUGCGGCUUGCAUCAAUGGAAGCUUUUGGGAGAAGAGAGAGAGAAAUUGUGCAACAUCCUGGAAAACUGCCAAUGUGGAUAUGCCAGCAGUGUUUCGUUUCUCUGAGAUGAUUGCUGCUAAGCCUAAAGUCUUCAAAGAGGUGUUAAAUGCCCUCCAGCAGCUUAUGAAGUCUCUCUCUCCUGUUCCUGCCUCACCUGAAGCACUCAGAGUCUUCCUCAUUGUGCCUGUCCUCUUACGGAGACAAGAUAUCAAGUCAGAUGGUCUCCUUAGUCAGUUAGCACAAGCUAUUUGUAUUCUUCCAGAAAAGGACAAGCAAAUCCUUGGAUCUUGGUGGGCCGAUCUAGAAGUCAUGUUCUUCAAGGAUCUAGUUAGCAUGUAUCAAAGACUUAUCAGUGUCAAUAUCUCUUCUGCCAUUAAACACAUGAGAUGUUUCCAGAAGAUAAACCUGGACUUCACUGAGCCUCUUCAAGUUCUGCAGAUGCUUUAUGAGGUAAAUUGUAAGUCUGGAUUCAGAAUCCAAGAAAGCAACUUUUACAUUCCUGAAGUGAAAAUAAUACUGUCUGGUCCCAGUAUGACUCAUGUAAGGAAUGAAGAGCAAAUGAUAAGAAGAAUUUAUUCAAAGGUGCAGGAACUAGAACUUGCAUGUGAGGUACUCACCUUGUUCCCUUGUAUCUUUGAGUUGGAAGACAAGAUUAAUGUGCAUAAACUAUAUUCUUUGAUUCUUCAUGUUACGUGCAGAAUGGAAAACCGUGAUAUGGUCAAUGAGCUGCAUGUUAGAAGACAGCAUCUGAUGCAGGAUACCUGGCAAUGUAUAAGAAGUGUGACAGCAAAUUGGUUUCAGCAGUGUCUUAAAGUGUGUUUUGAAGGAGAACCUGGGAUUGAUGAUGGAGGCGUAUCUCAGGAAUUCUUUACAGUCCUCAGAAGGGAACUGUGUGCUCCAGAAAUAAAGAUAUUUAGGCAUUUUGAUAACUCACAUCUGAUUUGGUUUUCCCACCAGGUACCAGCACAGGAAGACAUAUAUUUUCUAAUUGGGAAUCUGGUUGGAAUGGCACUGUAUAAUUCGAAGAUAGCUCCCUUCCCUUUCCCUCUUGCUCUUUUCAAGAAGAUGGCAAAUAUUCAGCCAACUCUGGAAGAUUUAAAGGAGCUGUCUCCUGUUGUAGGAAGUAGUCUUCAGGCAAUCCUAGAUGAGCCGUGUGAUGAUGUAAUUGAAAACAUGAUGUUGGAUUUCACGAUAGUGGAAGAAUAUGAAGGAUCUAAAAUUGAGAACGAUCUGAAAGAAAAUGGUGCCAACCUUCCUGUCACUAAGUGCAACAGAAAAGAAUAUGUUGAUGCUUAUGUGCGUUACAUAUUCACCGAUUCAGUUGAGAAUCAGUUUGAGGAUUUUAUGCGUGGAUUUGAAAGAGGCUGCCCAACUAAAAAGUGGAAAAUCUUUCUUCCUGUUGAACUCCAAGUUGUUCUGCUGGGACAUGAAGCAUACGAUUGGGAACAACUGGAAAAGAAUACAAAGUACACUGGUUAUGAAAAGACAGAACAAACAAUCAAGAAUUUUUGGGCUGUGUUUCAUGAUCUUCCUGAAGAGAGCAAGAAGGAUUUUCUCGCUUUCCUCACAGGAACCGAUCGCAUCCCAGCUGAAGGGAUGGAAAAAUUCACAUUCACAAUUACCGAUGCAAAAAAAGCAGAUCCAGACCAGUGGUAUCCUGAAUCCAGCACUUGCUUUCGAAUCUUGAUCCUGCCAAGAUACAGCAACAGAGACAUUCUCAAGAAAAUGUUCCUUGGUGCUCUAGAGAACUUCGAAAAAUUUGGUCUUCCCUGAAAUCUGGAUGUCUCUUUGAAUGGGCUUUCUGCCUGAAAUUACCAUAAUUUCCUAUCUGUUUUAAUGAUAGACAAAGUGGAAUUGGUGACCCACAUCAGGAGCGUCACUAUGGGACUGCAGACUACAUCAGGUGACACCCUAAGGAUGGUGACACCACUGCUCCCCAGACACCUGCCUUUUGGCAGAAAUGGGCUGUGAUGUUUGCCUGUGUCCCCUUUAGAUGCUAGAGAUGGUGUGAGUGGGACAAGGCUCAUUAGGAGGGGAAAGGAGAGGCUGCAGGGUUUGUUUGUUUUUAAAUUAAAUUUAAAAUUUAAGCUGCAUAUAACUACAUGUAACUGCAUUUAUGCUGUUUGUAUGAUAUUGUAAUUUAAAGUUAUAAUUUAAAUUUUAGUUGUUGUUAAAGUCAUAACUAUUGCCAUUACAUUCAGUGUGAGAAGGGGAUUUUUAAA